GCGGGGCCUGGCGGAUUCAAACGGAACAUGGCUGCGGGUAAAGAGGUGGACGACAACACACACAAUAGAAGAGGUACAGUGUGCAGCAUGGUGAUCAAUCACGAGGAAUCACCGGGGGGCUCCCGCGCUGGCCGCUCACCGGUCAUCUUCAACCCGGACUUCUUUGUGGAAAAACUCCGCCACGAGAGCCCCGAUGUUUUCCUGGAGCUGGUGCUCAGUAACAUCACUCGCCUCAUCGAUCUUCCCGGGACAGAGUUUGCACAGCUCCUUGGGGAGGAAGGGCCGAAGACCCCGACGGGUGGAAAUGGAGGCUUCUUUCGCUCUUUCAACUUCCUCAAACGCAAAGAUAAAGGUGUUGUGUUUGGAACCCCGCUGACGGAGAGCUGCAUUGCCCAGAUCUACCAGCUCAUCGAGUACCUCAGCAAAAAUCUGCACGUUGAGGGUCUGUUUCGGGUUCCGGGGAACAGUGUCCGUCAGCAGACCCUGAAGGACCUCCUCAACAGCGGGGUCGAUGUGGACCUGAAGUCCGGAGACUUCCACCCCAACGACGUGGCCACGCUGCUCAAGACUUUCCUGGGAGAACUGCCCGAGCCCCUGCUCACACACAGACACUUCCACGCACACCUCAAGAUAGCUGAAAUUACUCUGUUUGACGAGCACGGCAACAAGACCGCGGUACCCAACAAGGAGCGUCAAAUAGAGGCCCUGCAGCUCCUCUUCCUGCUGCUGCCUCAGGCCAACCGCUCGCUGCUCAAACUGCUGCUGGACCUGCUCUACCACACGGCCCGGCAGCAGGACAAGAACAAGAUGUCCGCCUUCAACCUGGCGCUCAUGUUUGCGCCGCAUGUCGUCUGGCCCCGACAUAUGACGGCCACUGACCUGAAGGACAAUCUGAAGAAACUGAACAGCAGCAUGGCCUUCCUCAUCAAACACUCGCAGAAACUCUUCAGGGCUCCGGUCUACCUGAGGGAUUAUGCCAGAGUGCACUUCACUGGGACCAAGGCUCUGCACACCAAGGACGAUCUGGAGCUGCUGACGGCGAGCAGCUCCCCCGCUCAGCGGACCGCGUUGCCCCUGAAGAGGACGGCUGUUCGGGGCCCCGGCUCUCAGGAGGAGCAGUACCAAUCACCGGCGCAGCAAUACACAGAAGAGGCUCUGAAGGACCUCUUCAGACACGUCCACCACAACAUGCCCGACUCCGCCAAGAAGAAGAAACUCGUCCGACAGUUAGUCAAGCAGACGACCUCGGGGACGCCGACUAACGAGCACCAGCAGGAGCCUCCAGCGCCCAGCAAGAAACAUCCGCGCUCCCGCUCCUUUGGCGGCCUCAUCAAGCGCAGAGCUCGCGGUGAGCAGCUGACGGGAGAGAGGCGGGUCCGACACGUCUCCCCUGACAUCGUCACCAAAACGGGAAGAAAGCCCGGAAAAGAGAACGUCACCCUGCAAGUGAACGGCCCGUUGAACGCGCUCGUGUUGGGGAAAGCGGGGCUGGUGGUGAAAAACUCAGACUUUACUUUCAAGAAGGACAAAGCUUCAAAGGUCUCCAAGCAGGACUCCCCCUCUGUGACCAGGAUGUGUUUCUCUCCUGCUCAGGAGAUCUCACUGUAAUGAAACCGGACUCCUCCUCCUGGUCUCGGACAGGACUUGUAUUAAUAUGAUUAUUCAUGGUAGUACGUCUAUUGUUUUUACUGUGACUAAUACGCAGCAGCUGUUCGCUGCAGCCAGAGAGGCCAGAACUCACCACCACUUUACAACCUGCUGCCGACUGUUGAAUAAAUCCUCCACGGUCACGGUCGGGAUAUAAACAAACGCACUCCGAUUAAUACCAAACAGUUCUGACCUCCAUAUGAUAUCUAAUAAGCUAAAUCUGUGUUGUUGUUUUUUUUACUUCCAGAAAUGCUUCAAAAAAAAUUAUCUUUCACUGCCGUUCAUUUAUAUUUUAGCAUUCUGGUAAUAAAGUUAUGUAUCAAGAUAGACAAUGAAUAUCUUUUAGCAUGAUUCAGUUAAGUAAUAAUACUCGAUGCGAUGCCCAAAAGGUAUUGGGUUUGUGAAAACAAGAGUGUUUAAUAAUAACUUUCUUUCUUUUUUAACCACAUGAAUUCUGACGUCGACGGUACUUUGGGAUCUUUCUGCUUUUAGAGUUUUGAAAUUGAAUCGGAAUCUUUUGGGUUUUAAGUCGAUGAGAAGUCGUUUUAAUAACAAAAGCAUUCAGGACAACCACACGUCUUUACUGUUCACGCUCCAGCAUUAUGGAGCAAUGUGGAAUGAAGCUUAGCUCCACCUUAAUGUGAAUAACUUAGACAGUGAGCGUCGGUUUGGCUUCGCUGGCUCAGUCGUGUUUUAUUAGCGACUGCAUCAGAAUCUAUGACCACUAGCAGCUAACCGCCUGCUGGAGAGGAAUGUGUACGUGUUGAACACUUUCUGUAUUUUUUUGUGUGCGUUUGUAAACUGAUGUUGCUUUUUGUUUCCGGCCUGGUGUUUUUGUAACUCUGGUCACUUGAUGAUGGUUUCUCCUCGUUGAGCUGCUGAUCGCAGGAUCAGUGAGCCGGUCACUUUAUUUAUAACGCUCCAUCCUGAAUGAUCACCAUUCAUCGUAAAACAUUCAUCAUGAAUCUGUCUAAUAUGAAACGUUGCACUCGCAGAAUGUCUCGCAGGACUUAAAAUACCUUUUUUAUGUUGUCGUCAGCCGGGUGAUGGAAGGGUCAAGUGGAGGGAAGCUUUGUGGAGCCGAUGGUUUAAAUGAAAGUUGUAUUGUUGUGAAGUGAGCAGAAGUCUGUCCCGGUGUUCUCUUCUCAACACGUGGUCUGGUACCUGAGGCGCACCGCGUGAAGAAGAGGCCGCUGUUGGUUAAACACGAGUCUGAGUAAAGCAGGAAAGGAACCUGGCGUCAGGCAGCGUCACCUGUUUCUGUUUUAUUCACAUUGUGAUGAAAGCUAACCCUGCUCCGGUUAUUCAUGCUGAGCGUAACGGGUCUCAAGCUCGGACACAGAGGGUCAGCAUAGAGGUCUGGAGACUGUGGACCCUCUGCGCAGCGUGAACGGCUUGAAUGUCUUAAAUCUGAUUAAAUACAAAAUCCUGAUUCAGAUCUAAAUAUAGUGAACAAUCCACAUCCUUAGUACUCUUUUGAUUGGCAUUACUUAAGUUUGUAAGUGAAAAAUAGUUCAAACACUGAAAAUGUGACUAAAUGCUCCUGUAAAUAUUUGUAAUGCACAGUUCUCUGUUCCUUCAGCUUUACUCGUCAUGGUUUAACUGAACUGACUUCUGCUCAGUUUGUUGUGUAGCGCGGACGGAUGCACCGGUACCACGGUGUGAGGGAUCUGGUACUGGUGCACCGGUACCACGGUGUGAGGGAUCUGGUACUGGUGCA